UCCAGGCUGGGAGUGAAGGAGAAGGGAUGAAGUUUCAAAACAACCAGGUACAAGGCAGAGAUAAAGCACAGACUUAUAGCUGCGUAGUCCGUAACUACCAACACGCCCUGGAAACCAGAAGCUGGGAAGCUGCAAUGUUGCACAGCUGAGAACCUGCAAAAGGUAUCUGCUGACCAAAGUGCCAAUUCCUCAGGACUCCCAUGAACACGCAUUCAGAAGUGGAGGUUGGAUCUAGCUAAAAACACAGAAGGAAGAAUCCUUGACCCCAAAGUGGAUGGGACUACAUUGUGUUCUGAAAGCAAGUGUCACCGCUUUGAAACUUGAAAACAUCAGGUCUUGGCUCCACUACACACAGGUGCAGCAAGAUGAGUUGCUUCUCUUUCCUGAAGAUGAUGAUGUUUGUGUUUAAUGGUGUGAUAUUUAUAGGCGGUGUAGGUUUGCUGGGCAUUGGCAUCUGGGUGAAGAUGGAUAGCACAUCCUUUGUGAAAGUCCUGAGAGCAGCAAGUCCACAUCUGAUGCAGCUGAUCAAUGUGGGCUACCUUUGCAUUGCAGUUGGCAUCUUCCUCCUCCUCAUGGGCUUUAUGGGAUGCUGGGGAUCAGUGAAAGAAAGCAAAUGCCUGCUCUUGAUGUUCUUUGUUCUCACACUGAUCCUUUUCAUAGCCGAAGUGGCAGGCGCUGUGGUGGUGUUGGCUUUCUCCUCUGUGGCAGAUGUAUUUGUGGAAUACCUGGAGAAAUGGGCCAUAACAUUUUUGAAAAAGGACUAUGGAAGGCAAACGGACCUCACAGAGAUCUGGAACACAACAAUGGAACAGAUGAAGUGCUGUGGAUUCAACAAUUACACUGAUUUCAGCGAUUCCUACUUCUAUCAGACUUACAACAAAUACCCAUCUCCUUGCUGCCCAGACAACAAAGACUGCCAAGAAUCUGAAAUAGAUGAAAGCAAACAGGGCUGUUUGAAUGAAUUCCAGGUUUUCCUGAAUAAGAAUGGGAAGAUCGUUGGAGGAGUGGUUCUAGGAAUUGGAGCCCUUGAGCUGGCUGCCAUGAUUGCCUCCAUGUUCCUGUAUUGCCAGAUUGGUACUUCCAGCUGAUGAGAAACAUCCACCAUAUGCACAGCUUUGGCUCUGACUGUGUCAGCCUUUAUGCUUGCCAUGAAAGAGAUCUGACUAGCAUCCUUAUUCACAGGGGAAAUCAAGCCUUAUCAUAUCAACAGAGUUAACGUGAGAAACAGAAUUUUGAUUCUUAUUCAUAAUCAUCAAGACCUUAAUCGUUCUCUUAUAUAGGAUAGCACAUGUACAGACAUAUAUCUGCCUUUAAAGAUGCCUGAAAUGCACAUUUCCUUUUGUUCUGAGCUUCACCCGCAACUUGCCAGAUGUUAGGGAUAAAGAAAGGGUGGCCCAAUGGGCUACAUGUGACUACUGAGGUUCCCAGAUAUUAUUUUGUUUGUUUGUUUGAGAUAGGGAGGGGGGCAUAAAAAAGUAAACAGGGGAAAAGAGAACACACACUUUAAAAAAUAUAGACAAAAUCACUUUUUUCUAUUUUGGGAUGCCUCCUGGAGCAGUGAUUUUAUAAUAAGCAAGAUACAGGACUUCUUUGCUCCUCUCAACUGUGGAUCUGAAAAAAGAAAGAAUUGGACUUUUGAUUACUUCCUUGAUUGGCUGGGUUGCAAAGUGUGAAAAUGUUAGCAGCAAGCCCAUAGUAGGCCAUGAUGGAUAAGAUAUUGGCCCCUAGACCAGUGGUUCUCAACCUGGGUCCCCAGAUGUUUUUGGCCUUCAACUCCCAGAAAUGCUAACAGCUGGUAAACUGGUUGGGAUUUCUGGGAGUUGUAGGCCAAAAACAUCUGGGGAACCCAGACUGAGAACCACUGCUCUAGAUGCUCAAAUGUGUCCAUCCCUGCCAGUCAUGAUGGAAUCUUCAAGGCAUUUUUAUAAGAUCUCUUUCCGUUCUUCUAUUCUAUUGUUGUUAUUAAUACAUCUCUUCCAAAGCUACAAUUGGUUUAACUAAUUGUUAGUAAAGCUUCAGUUGAGGAACUGUUGGAGACAAUUUUGAUUCAUGAGUCUAUGAGUUGGGGACGUUUUCUCAUUUUGGGAGACUUCAUUGCAUCUGGAGUACGUGGGAAUGAAAAAACAAACCUUUCUAAGAAUGAGUGAAAGUCUUAAAAUCAUUUAGCCCACCGGUAUUUCAAUAAAAUAGUUUUGGAAAUAUGAAAA